CAUUUUCAUUGAAUUUGUCGUAAGAUUUAAAUCUUGGAUUCAAUUGCUAUAAUCAACACAAUUAUGCAUCGCUUGUAUCAGUUGGCUGUCAGACUCUCGGAUCUAAUUAAUGUCCAAAUCUUGGGAUUUAAUAGAAUGAAUCCCAUGUUUGUGAUGAAUCUGGAGAAGCAAAUGAACUCAAGAGACACAUCCAGUGAAAGGCAUUCAUUGAUUGAAGAUAUUAUGAGGAAUGGAUUGCUUUUGGCGGUACCGAAGAAGAGGAGAACUGUUGAGAAAAGACUUAUUCGUCGGUUCGGUGUCGAGGGAUAUGAAGACACAUCUCGGAUGAUAAGACCCAAACAUAAUGUCAUUGUCUGCGACCAAUGCGGGCAUUACCACGAAUUGCAUACCAUUUGCGGCCAUUGCUAUCAACGAGUCAAAGAGGAAUCUAAUCUUAUUUUAGAGCAAAUCAAGAAAUGUUUCGUUUAUUCGGAACCAAUUGAAGAAGAGGUACGGAUUUGCUAUAAGAAUGAGAGUCUUCGUGACGACAGCGGGAGUGAAGUGAAGAGAAGACGAGUGGUGGAAAUGGAUCGCCAGAGACCCGAAUGGUUCAGUGAUAACCUGUUGUCCAAAAGUGUAGGCAAUAAAUGGAUUGAAACUCAUCCGAUAGUCAGAGAAGAAGAGCCCAAAGUGUUAACAAAAGAUUAA